CACCAUCGUUGGAGAAGAAGCUCAAACAACUUGUAGAGAAAAAAACAUCCAACCAAGAAAAAUCCAAACCCGAACAACCCCCCCUCCAUUGCUCUUAUUCCACUUUCUCCUUCAUUUCUUUUUCAUUAUUAAAUACUCCUACUUCUUCCAGAGAGAGAGAGAGAGAGAGAGAGAGCACAUACUACUAUAUAAUACCCAUAACAUAUGGCUUUAUAAACCCACAAAUACAAUACAAUUGGUUUGUGGGGUUUAUAGAUUACAUCUUCUUGGAGAUUCAAGAUUUCAGUGGUUGUUAAUUUCACUUAGUUUUCGUUCGUAGACAUUUUAUAUGUACUGAUAUAGACUUGAGUUGCUUUUCCGGUAAAUCGAUUUUGCCUUGUUUCUAGUUACGCCUUGUCGACCCUACGAAUUCUAUCUCCUUGUUCUCAAUUUUCAAGAGUUUUGAGUAGACCCAAAUGCAGAAAAUGGGAACGGACGACGGAAAAGGUGAAUAUCCAGACCACCGCCACCACCGCCAACACCACUCCGACACCGAGAUCGUCGGGGCGGACAGGACGAGCUACAGCGGCCCAAUGAGCGGCCCGCUGAACAAGCGCGGCGGGGGCCGCAAGAGCGCCAGGUUCAACCUCCCGGCCGACUCCGCCUCCCAGUCCUCCAGCGGCGGCGGCGAUGACGACCAGGCCUACGUGGAAAUCACGCUCGACGUGCGCGACGACUCGGUGGCCGUGCACAGCGUGAAGGCGGCGGGAGGCGGGGAGAUCGAGGACCCCGAGCUGACUCUCCUCGCGAAGAACCUCGAGAAGAGGUCCUCGUUCAGGUCCUCUUCCAUUGUCAGGAAUGCCUCCUCGAGGAUUAAACAGGUUUCGCAGGAGCUGAAGAAGUUGGCGUCGUUUUCGAAGAGGCCCCGGUUCGACAGGAGCAAGUCGGCGGCGGUGAAUGCUCUGAAAGGGCUUAAGUUUAUCAGCAAGACCGACGGCGGCACUGGGUGGGCCGCCGUGGAGAAGAAGUUUGAUAGUCUCACGGCUAAUACUAAUGGGUUGCUACAUCGAUCCCUCUUCUGUGAAUGCAUAGGGAUGAACAAGGAGUCCAAGGAGUUCGCCGGAGAGCUCUUUGAUGCACUUUCACGGCGGCGGAACAUAACGGGGGACUCAAUCAACAAGGGGCAGUUAAGGGAGUUUUGGGACCAAAUUUCUGACCAGAGUUUUGAUUCCCGGCUUCAGACAUUCUUUGACAUGGUUGACAAGGAUGCUGAUGGGAGAAUCACUGAAGAAGAAGUUAGAGAGAUUAUCAGCCUCAGUGCAAAUUGCAACAAAUUGUCCAAUAUCCAGAAACAAGCAGAUGAAUAUGCAGCACUGAUCAUGGAAGAGUUAGACCCAGAAAACCAAGGAUAUAUCAUGGUAGAAAACUUGGAAAUGCUUUUGUUGCAAGCACCGAACCCUACGAGAGGGGGAGGCGAAAGCCGGAACUUGAGCCAAAUGCUGAGCCAGAAGCUUAAGCCCACACAAGAACUCAACCCUAUAAUAAGGUGGUACGGAAGCGCCAAGUACUUCUUGUUGGAUAAUUGGCAGAGAGUUUGGGUGAUGGCACUUUGGAUUGGGGUUAUGUUGGGGCUAUUUCUUUGGAAAUUCUUUCAGUAUAAAAACAGGGCCGCGUACGAUGUGAUGGGGGUUUGUGUUUGCAUGGCGAAAGGCGGUGCCGAGACUCUUAAGUUGAACAUGGCACUGAUUUUGCUACCCGUUUGUCGGAACACCAUCACUUGGCUCAGGAACAAGACCAGGUUGGGAGUCGCAGUCCCUUUUGAUGACAACCUGAACUUCCACAAGGUGAUAGCUGUGGCAAUAGCUAUGGGAGUAGCAAUACAUGCAAUCUCCCAUUUAACAUGCGACUUCCCUCGCCUUAUUCACGCGGAUCCAACAACGUACGAGCCAAUGAUUCAGUAUUUUGGGUACCAACCGAAGAGCUACUGGCAUUUUGUGAAGAGUUUUGAAGGGAUCAGUGGGAUUAUAAUGAUAGUGCUAAUGGCAAUAGCCUUCACACUGGCAUCCCCCUGGUUUAGGCGAAACCGAGUAAAUUUGCCCAAACCCCUCAAGAAACUCGCUGGUUUCAAUGCCUUUUGGUACUCACACCAUCUCUUUGUCAUUGUCUAUACUCUCCUCAUCAUUCACGGAAUCAAGCUUUAUCUCGCCCACAGAUGGUACAAGAAAACAACUUGGAUGUACUUGGCGGUUCCAGUAUUGCUCUACAUCGGCGAGAGGUUGAUCAGGGCAUUCAGAUCCAGCAUCAAGCCAGUACAGAUACUAAAGGUGGCUGUCUAUCCGGGAAAUGUAUUGGCGCUUCACAUGUCAAAGCCUCAGGGAUUCAAGUACAAGAGUGGGCAAUACAUGUUUGUCAAUUGUGCUGCUGUUUCACCAUUUGAAUGGCACCCAUUUUCCAUUACUUCAUCUCCUGGAGAUGACUACCUGAGUGUUCAUAUUCGAACUCUCGGUGAUUGGACUGGACAACUCAAGACCGUGUUCUCAGAGGUGUGCCAGCCACCACCUAAUGGGAAAAGUGGAUUGCUCAGAGCAGACUGCUUGCAAGGAGAAAACAACCCUAACCUCCCAAGAGUGUUGAUUGAUGGUCCCUACGGAGCACCAGCACAAGACUACAAGAAAUAUGAAGUGGUUUUGCUGGUGGGUCUGGGAAUCGGGGCGACACCGAUGAUAAGCAUUGUCAAGGACAUUGUGAACAACAUGAAGGCCAAGGAUGAGGAAGAGAAUGCUUUAGAGAGUGGAAAUGGUGGUAGAAACACACCAUCAACUUCUCCAUAUAACAAGAGGAAACCUGGAUCACAAGGGACUAAUUUCAAAACAAGAAGGGCAUACUUCUAUUGGGUUACAAGGGAACAAGGGUCUUUUGAGUGGUUCAAGGGGAUUAUGAAUGAAGUGGCUGAAUUGGACAAUAGGGGAGUCAUAGAGAUGCACAACUACUGUACCAGUGUGUACGAGGAGGGGGAUGCGAGAUCCGCCCUCAUCGCCAUGCUCCAGUCCCUCAACCAUGCCAAGCACGGGGUGGAUGUGGUCUCUGGCACGCGCGUGAAAUCGCACUUUGCCAAGCCCAACUGGCGCAAUGUUUACAAGCGCAUUGCUCUCAAUCACACAGACUCCAGAGUUGGGGUUUUCUACUGUGGGGCACCAGCACUCACCAAAGAGCUAAGACAGCUAGCCUCUGAUUUCUCCCACAAGACCUCCACCAAAUUUGAUUUCCACAAAGAAAAUUUUUGAAGACCAAUAGCCCUUUUGGACAAUUCCUUCUAGUAGACCUAAACAACCCACCAUCACCUCUCUCUCUCUCUCUCUCUCUCUCUCUCUCCUCUCUCUCUCUCUCUCUCUCUCUCUCUCUCUCUCAUGUACAGGGAUUCUCGCCGCAUAAUUUGAUGUUUGUAUCUCCACUAUGGUAUAGUAUUAGUAGUGUUUAUUACUCCAUAAUAUAUCCUAGAGUAGAGCUUGCAAUGAAUUAUGACAGAGUGAGGUGAGGUGAGGUGAGGUGCAGGCAAAAAGAUAGUGGAACCGGUCCUGUUUGGAUGAGGGGCCAACCCCACCACCAAUCUCUGGGUUAGGUGGAAUCCGGUAUUAAAAAAAUGUCAUGAUUUUAUAAGGUUUGGUAGGGACAAGUCUGUCCGAUUUAGUGGACAACUCCAUGAUAAGGAUAAUGGUGGUGUGUGAGGAAGUAGUGCUAGUGGUGGUGGAGGCGGAAAUGGAGAGAUACCAGCCACCCACCGACAUGUGAUUGACUUUGAAAUGUAUAUGUAAUUCAUUCAUCUUUGACAUAUUGUGUUGAUGGCAAUAAUAAUUGUAUUGGUUACAUGGUUGAAAUUCGAACUUUGAAUCAACAAUUCCAUUUUU